AUGGAAGACCUCCAACCACACUGCGAGCAUCUCGCCCACCCUCACUGGUUCCCCGUCACCCUCGCCAGCGUACUGGUGAUCGGUAUACUCAUCUCCUACCUUCCGCAACACUACAAGAUCUUCGCUCGACGCUCCUCCGAAGGCCUAUCGCCAUGGUGGGUGCUUCUCGGUGGCAUCAGUUCCAUCGCUGCUAUUGCGAACAUUCUUGUCCUACCCGCCAGUCGACGAGAUAUGAGCUGCUGCAAAGAGCUGGAAGGUGGAGCUUGUGCGGCUGCACUUCUGGGCGUGGCACAAAUCGGAGUACAGUUUACGUCCUUCAUGAUCAUUGUCUUGUUGUUCCUGGUCUUCUUCCCACGGAGUGAGGCCGAAGUGCAGGACCUCACCGCUUCGACUGCAUCAUUGACCCACAGCAACCCAGCGAAGCGAUCGGAUCAAUUGAUCGUCGGAGCUAGCAUCUUCGUCUCGCUCUUCGCCGUGCUGAUGGUCUCUCUGGUGCUGGUCUUCCGAAUUCCCAGCAAAACACAAAUCUGGGCGGACGCCUUGGGUACCGUCAGCGGUGUGCUGGCCGGUGUGCAGUACCUUCCACAAAUCUACUACACAUGGGUGCUGAAAGAUCUGAAGAGUCUGUCGAUGGGAACACUGGUCAUACAAGCACCGGGUGCUUUCCUUUUCGCCUUUUCGCUAUGGCAAAGAGUUGGUUGGGAGGGCUGGAGCACAUGGUUGGUUUACAUCGUGACGGGUGCCCUGCAAGUGGUAUUGCUCGUGAUGGCUGUCAGAUACUGGUCAAGGAGCAAGGAGGGAGAUGCCAGUAACUACGCCAGUGAGGAUGAGCAGGACAUCCCGAGUGAGAGAACGACACUUCUACCGAAAGCCUCCCGCAGGCGCAAUUCCUAG